AUGAGCAUCAUUGACAGCAUCAAAAGCAAGUUCCACAAAUUGGACCCAUCCACGCAAUCCAAUUAUACUGAUUUCAAGGUAAAUAGUACCACAUUGGAAUUGAGCGUUUCAUUUGAAGAUAAAAAAAUCGAGGGAAAAGUUUCUUACGAUUUGAUCAACAAAGCCCAUACCGGUGAGCUUAUUCUUGAUACAAGUGUGCUCAUCAUCAAAGAGGUAAAAGUUGAUGGCUCUGUCGUUACUUUUGAGUUGGAGGAGCCUAAGCCAGUUUUGGGGUCAGCUUUGAGAUUCCCGAUUCCCCAAAACCCCGCCGUGAAAGUGGAAGUUUCAUUUGAAACUACUAAUAAAUGCACAGCAAUUCAGUUUAUUAAAGGAGACACUGGUCCUUACGUGUUUUCCCAAUGUCAAGCUAUUCAUGCACGUAGUUUAUUCCCAUGCUUUGAUACGCCAGCUGUGAAAUCACCAUACAAAUUCAUUGGCAAAUCGCCAGCAAAGGUUACAAUGUCAGGAAGACCGGUAGCUAGCGACACUCCCAAUGUUUACGAACACGAUCAGCCUAUACCUAUUCCAUCGUACUUGGUAUCCAUUACGUCUGGUAAUUUGCACAAGGCGCCCAUCGGACCUAGAUCAGAUGUCUACAGCGAGCCAACAAAUUUGAAGCAGUGUCAAUGGGAGUUUGAAAAAGAUAUGGAGAGCUACAUUCAGAUUGCUGAAGCUUUGGUGUUUGAUUAUGAGUGGGAAAGGUUCGACUCGUUGGUGUUGCCAUCGAGUUUCCCCUAUGGUGGUAUGGAGAUUCCCAACAUGACUCAAUUGACACCCACCUUGAUCUGUGGAGACCGUACUCAAACAACUGUCAUGGCACAUGAACUAGCGCAUUCGUGGUCAGGAAAUUUGGUAACCAACUGCUCAUGGGAGCAUUUCUGGUUAAAUGAAGGCUGGACAGUGUACCUUGAGAGAAGAAUUUUGGGAGCCAUUGCUGCCAAGGAAGCCAAGUCGCAAGGCAAAAGUGAUGAUGAAUCAAAAGCAUAUGGUGAACAGGCUAGACAAUUGGAUAUGAUAUCGGGAUGGAACUCAUUAGUUGAAACUUGUAACACUUUUGAUCCACAAUUUACUAAAUUGGUUAUUGAUUUGAAAGGAAAGGAUCCAGACGAUUCCUUUUCAAGAAUCACAUACGAAAAAGGGUUCUUUUUCUUGUACCAUUUAGAGACAAGAUUAGGUGGAGUUGAACAUUUCGAUCCGUUUAUCAAGUACUAUUUUAAAAAGUACAGAUAUCAAUCGUUAGACACUGCACAAUUUGUGGAAACAUUGUAUGAAUUUUUUACCCCUUUGGGAAAGAAGGAGAUUCUAGACAACAUUGACUGGGAUAAAGAAUUAUUUUUAUCUGGUGCCCCUGAUGAGCCGGUCUUGGACACCACUUUGGCCAAUGAAGUUUACACGUACGGUGAAAAGUGGAUUGAUUACAUCAAAAAGGGCGAUUUUUCCAAAAUCCCAUUUAGUGAAGCUGAUGUCACCUCCUUCCUGGGAGCGCAGAGCAUGUUGUUUUUGGAAUUCUUGCUGGAAAAAUUCAAAGCGUUGAAUGUCCCUGCUGAUCUUGUCAGAAAGUUGCCACAAGUUUAUCCAAAGUAUGCCAGUAGCCAAAAUGGCGAAAUUCUUUCAGUUUGGAAUGACAUUUUGAUCGGAAAUGGAAACUACACUGCAGAAGAUGGCAUUGUCAACAUUUUUGCUGAUUGGUUGGGUCGCACGGGAAGAAUGAAGUACGCCCGUCCUGGGUAUUUAUUGUUGAAAAAUGGAGUGAGUAGUGAUUACGCCAUUGCCCAAUUCAAAAAGCACGAAUCGUUUUACCACCCAAUCUGUAAAGCGAUGAUUGAGAAGGAUUUGGGAUUGGCUUGA